AUGGACAACUCGACCUCUGGGGGCCUGCCCGCCCGAGUCCCCGCUUGGGGGCCCGAAACCGAGGAGCUGCUGGGUCUGAGCCAACUGCCCACGGAGCUGCUCGAGAUGGUGCUGAGCCACGACACGCCCUCACACAUGCUCGGGCGCUGCCGCCGGGUGUGCUGGCGCUGGCGCGCCCUGGUGGACUGCCAGGCCCUCACCUGCCUGCCCCCUGCCAACGACCCCAGGCCCUGCAUCCUGGGCCGCUUCUGCGAGCGCAGACCCAUAGGACGCAAUCUCCUCCUGAACCCCAAGGGCCUAGAAGUCCUCCAGAAAUCGAUGGUUGUGCACGGUUGUGGUGCCCUGGCUAUGGAGGAAAACUGGGAGGCCAUGCCUAGGGCCCCUUUGCAGAUCUGCUUCCAGUCUGCCUACAGGUGGUGUCACAAAAAGAAGCAAGUGUUGGACCUGGAGAAGGAGGGAUUUUGGCCAGAACUCCUGGAUAGUGGAAAGAUGGAGGUUUGUGUCUCUGACUGGUGGGCUGGCCGACAAGGCACUGACAAUAUAUAUCAUCUAAUUAUCCAACUUCUAGAUGCCAACCAGUCCGUCCUGGAUCAUUUCUCUUCUGUGCCUAUGCCCAUUCGGCAGUGGAGAAGCAAUGUCUCCUUUGAGGUCAACGAUGUGUUCUCCAACUUCAAGAAGGGCGUCCGCUUUGUGUCUUGUGAACACUGGGUCCAGGACAUGGAGUUCUUGUCUGAACAUUAUGGAGUCUAUCUGCCCAACUCCAGUGUAAUUGUGUGGGUCUGUCUGUCCUGUGGCAGCCGAGCCUGGUGA